GCUCCCCCUAAACGGCAGGUGGGAAAAUGUCCGGCCCCGGGACCGCCGCUGGAGCCAGAGGACAGAGGAGUGGGGCCGCGGCGGAGUGGGGAGCCUUCGAGGACAACGUGCAGGGUGGGGGCUCUGCUGUGAUUGAUAUGGAAAACAUGGAUGACACAUCUGGUUCCAGUUUUGAAGACAUGGGUGAAAUGCACCAACGCAUGAAGGAAGAGGAAGAGGUGGAUGCAGAGGCAGCCGCUGCCGACGAGGAAGAUGGAGAAUUCUUGGGAAUGAAGGGUUUUAAGGGACAGUUGGGUCGGCAAGUUGCAGAUCAGAUGUGGCAGGCUGGAAAGAGACAAGCCUCAAAAGCCUUCAAUCUGUAUGCUAACAUUGACAUUCUCAGGCCCUACUUUGACGUUGAGCCAAUGCAAGUUCGGAACAGGUUGCUGGAGUCCAUGAUUCCGAUGAAGAUGAUUAAUUUUCCACAGAAGAUAGCUGGUGAGCUUUAUGGUCCCCUCAUGCUGGUCUUUACCCUGGUGGCUAUCUUGCUGCAUGGAAUGAAAACAUCUGAUACCAUUAUUAGGGAAGGUACUCUGAUGGGUACAGCCAUUGGUACCUGCUUUGGUUACUGGCUAGGAGUUUCCUCCUUCAUCUACUUCCUGGCAUACCUAUGCAAUGCUCAGAUCACCAUGGUGCAGAUGUUGUCACUGUUGGGGUAUGGCCUUUUUGGGCAUUGCAUCACCCUCUUUGUCACCUACAAUAUUCAUUUUCACUCCCUCUUUUAUAUCUUCUGGCUGGGCAUUGGUGGGCUGUCUACACUACGCAUGGUUGCUGUGCUUGUGUCACGCACAGUGGGACAUACUCAACGACUUAUCCUUUGUGGAGCUCUUGCUGCCCUGCACAUGCUGUUCCUCCUUUAUCUGCACUUUGCUUAUCAUAAGGUUGUGGAAGGCAUCCUGGACACAUUGGAAGGACCCAACAUCCCUCCCUUUCAAAGAGUUGCCAGAGACAUUCCCGCUGUUUCCUCUGCUGUACUGAACACAACAUCCAAAACAGUUGCACUGGCCUUGUAG